AUGAGGCUACAAUUAAAACGUACAUUGUCUCUGCUGAAUAGUUCUCAAUCUUCAGCCCCACAUAUUGUUGGACUCUGGGGUAUGGCUGGCAUAGGGAAGACUACCAUUGCGAGAGAACUUUUCAGAACACAAGCUGAGAGACAUGACGUGUGCUACUUUCUGCCAGACUUUCAUAUAAUGUGUCAAACGAAAGGGCUGAAUCAUUUGCGUGAUGAAUUCUUCUCGAAGAUCCUUGGGGAAGAAAAUGUUUUCAUCGACGCAUGUGAUACAAAACUAAGUUUCGUAAGGGAUAGGUUCCUUGAUAAAAGGAUUCUCAUUGUUCUCGAUGGUGUGAGUAAUGCUAGAGAUGCAGAAGUUUUGGUUGGAGGGUUUGGCUGGUUUUCUGGUGGACAUACAAUCAUCUUAACAUCUAGGAACAGGCAAGUUCUUGUACAGUGUAACGUCAAUGAGAUUUACGAGAUCGAGAAGCUUUCCGAGCCUGAAUCGCUUCGCCUUUGCUGUCAGUUUGGCACUGAACAAAAUUGGAAGGGAAGGAUGUCUUUGAUCUCGGAGCUAGUGAGCUACGCUAAUGGUAAUCCAUUGGCUCUGCGAGUCUUAGGUUCGUCUAUACAAGAGCAAUGUAUUAAUUAUCAGAAACAACAUCUGAGAAGAUUGCGUCAACAUCCUCCAACAAAAAUUCAGGAUGCAUUUAGAAGAAGUUUUGAUAGACAAGAUGACGACGAGAAGAACAUAUUUUUGGACCUCGCAUGUUUUUUCAGAGGGGAGAACAAAGAUCAUGUGGUGAACCUCCUUGAUGGUUGCGGUUUCUUUACAGAUUUAGGAAUCUAUGGUCUCAUUGAUGAGUCUCUCAUCAGCCUUGUAGAUGACAGGAUAGAAAUGCCUAACAUUUUCCAAGACACGGGUCGUUUUGUUGUUUGUCAAGAAGACGAAGAGGCAGGCAAGCGUAGCAGAUUGUGGGAUUCUUAUGAAAUUGCUGAUGUACUGACAAGCAAAACAGGAACAGAAGCGAUUGAAGGCAUAUUUCUGGAUGCGUCUGGCUUGACACUUGAGUUGAGUCCUACUGUAUUUGAGAGGAUGUAUAGACUUAGAUUGCUUAAGCUAUACUUUCUAAUUUCUGGAAGCCAUUGCAAGGUUUGUCUACCGCAAGGGCUCCACUUUUUACCUGACGAGCUGAGGUUACUCCAUUGGGAGAGAUACCCUUUGGGAUCCUUACCUUGGAACUUUAAUCCUAAAAAUCUCGUAGAACUGAACAUGCCCUAUAGCAACAUGACAAAACUAUGGAAAGGUUUAAAGAAUCUCAAGAAGCUAAAGAGGAUUAAUCUAAGUCAUUCCCAACAUUUUUCUGAAUUCCCAAGGCUUUCAAAGGCCAGGAACCUCGAGCAUAUUGAUCUAGAAGGAUGUACGAGUCUGGUUAAAGUGAACUCAUCUAUUCUUCAUCAUCACAAGCUUACUUUCUUGAGUCUGAAAGAUUGUUCUCAUUUGCGAAUUAUGCCUACCACGGUUCAUCUGGAGUCUCUUGAAGUUCUUAAUCUAUCAGGCUGCUCAGAGCUCGAGGACCUUCAGGAUUUCUCACCAAACCUGGAAGAGCUACAUCUAGCUGGGACUGCUAUUAGUGAAUUGCCAUCGUCACUCGAGGAUCUCACUAGACUUGUUACAUUAGAUCUGGAGAAUUGCGAAAGACUUCAGCACCUGCCACCGGGGAUAAGUAACUUGAAAGCUAUGGUCACACUGAAGCUGUCCGGCUGUUCAAAUCUGAAGAGCCAUCCAACUCCUGAUUCAUUAUUUUUACAAGGUCUUAAAAAAAAUAUAACCAUGGAAGAAUCUGCGCCUUUAUUAAAACAUCACUCUGCUAUUGUAGAAUCAAGAGGCGCUGUAGAAGAAUUUUUAGAGGCAUUUGAAACUCCAUCAAUCAACGAGUUGAUCCAAUCAAACUGGUCAUGGGUCAGAAUUACCUUCCUGCCUUCAUCAAUUUCACACUCAUUGGCGUCAAGAAUUUAUUUCCUAGUAUCAUUGUCCCUUUGUAACGCGUGCCUAGUGGAUAUACCUGACGAGUUAUGCUGGCUUCCUUCAGUGAAGGAGUUAGAUCUUGGUGGAAAUUCUUUCAGCCAAAUUCCUGAAAGCAUUAAGGAGCUUCGUAAACUACACAGCCUCAGAUUAAGCCAUUGCAAAAACCUGACAUCAUUACCAGAGCUUCCCAGAAGUCUGGAACUUUUCAACGCUCAUGGUUGUGUGUCUCUUAAAUCAUUUUCUUCAAGCUUCGAGCAGUUUCCAAGGCAAUACACAUUCAGUAAUUGCUUUGCGCUGUCCCCAAAAGUUGUCAGAAAAUAUAUGAGAAAAUCUCUUGGUGGUGUUGAAGUCUUGGCCAAGGUGGAUCGACAGGAACACAGCAAUGUCCCUGCAUUCAGCAUCUGUAUACCUGCCUCAGCAGGUUACAAAUCCUCUAUUAAUUUUCAAGCUGGUUCAUCUGUAAGGAUAGAGUUAACUCCUAGCAUAGUAAAGACUCUCUCAGGCUUUGCUUUAUCAGUAGUCGUUGAAUUUGGGGACAGUUGUAGCGACGCUGCUGGUUUUGGCAUCAAGUGCAUAUGCAAGAAGACUAGAACAGACCUCUCGCCUAGACUAGAGAGAGUUUUCCAAUUUUGGGCUCCAAAGGAAGCCCCCACUGUUCAGAAGGAUCAUAUGUUUCUCUUUGGCUAUGUCACGAUGAACCCUGCGGAAGGAGAUGACCAUGAUGUCCUGGCUGAUUUAGUUACCUUUGAAUUCCAUCCUGUCAAUGCAGAGAACCAGCAUCUAGAUGAUAGUUGCACCAUAAAGCGAUGCGGAGUUUAUUUAAUUACUACGGCAACAUGUGCUACAUCAGUUAGUGCAAAACGUCCUGCUUCGUGGAUGGAUCCAGUGGAGCAUAUGGCAACACCAUGUAAGAGAUGUCGCUUCAAGAGUGUUGUUGAAAGUGUUAUUUGGAGCUUAAGAAAAAGGAAACGAGAAACGAGUGUUAUUGAAACUAUUAUUCGGAGGUUAAGAAAAAGGAAACGAGAAAGGAGUAUUAUUGAAACUGUUAUUCGUAGGUUAAGAAAAAGGAAACGAGAAAGGAGUGUUAUUGAAACUGUUAUUCGGAGCUUAAGAAAAAGGAUACGAGAAAAGAGUGUCUCCAGAGUCAACAACCGUUCUAAGGUUCAUCUUGGUCGAGUUUCUGCUUGCUUGGAAGAUGAUCAAAACUACAGAAAUCUAGAGCAGAAUGAGGGAAAAGAGUUAGGCUCUCACAAGUUUUUAAAGAUUGAAUCCGCUCAUAGCCAGUCCAACUCAUCUCUAACAGACUCGCCGACCUCUUUCCGUAAACCUACUCAGUCAGCAGCUCGGAUGCAUCAGUGUUUCAGGGCUCGAUCUUCGGAGAAGAAGCGAACAAUAGAGUUGGUACUUUCUCGUAAAACAUGCAAACCAAGACUGUCUUAUAGUGAUGGUUCUGUUCUUGAUUCUGCUGCUAUCAGGAUUCAGACCGAUUUCCGCGGCUACAAGUGUAGAAAACAACAUUUGAUUGCUAAACAAGGAAUCGUUUUAAUACAGGCUUGUUGGAGAGGCUAUAAGGUAAGAAAAGCUUCCAGGAUGAUAUUUUGUCAAUGUGGAUAG